AUGCACACCUUCGAGGACGGAAGUGAAGAGGUCGAGGUUCGAAUCCCGCUGCCAGCAGAAAUCAAGGCUUCAGAUGUUGCAAAGCGCUUGUCCAUUGACAUACAGGCGAGCUCCGUCAAGGUGGCAUGGAAGGAAGGUGCCGCCGCCCCACUGUUGAACGCUCCUGAUCUGUACGAGAAGAUCCGACCGUCCGAUUCAGCCUGGUACAUCGACGGCUCCACACUCGUCCUGACUCUGACGAAGCAGCACCCGCAGAAAUGGCCCGCCCUAACCGACACCGAAGCCUUGGAAAAGAGGUUCGGACCCAUCCGAACCUCCCCGAACAAGGCUGCAGGUUCGUCAGCAGCAUCAGCUUCGGCAGCAGCCGCGGGGAAUGGAACUGCCAAAGCAGGCGCGGAGCAGGCAGGGGCGGGGGGAGGGGCGAAGGGGGGAACGGGAAAGGCGGAGGGGAAGGGUGGGGAUGGGGCAGGUGAAAAGAAGGACGGGGCGGCAGCUUGGGCUGCCCGGGAAAAAGUCAACCGGCUGCUGAAAGCUGCCCAAGACGGUGACGUGGAUGGGCUGAAACAAGCCGUUGCUGUGAUGAUUGCGGAUGGGAAAGCGCAGGAGAAAGCGGAGGGGAAGGCGGAAGGGGAGGGGGAGGGGAAGGCGGAGGGGAAGGUAAAGGGGAAGAAGGGGGGAGUGGAAAUGCUUUCAGAGUUUGAUGUAGAUGAGAAGCUCAGUAGUGAUACUGCAGCUGCUGCCGCCGCGUCUGCUGGUGGUGGUGAUGGUGGUGCGGGUGACAGUAACGAGGGGAAGCUUGCAGUAGAGGAAGCAAGGGAGGUGCUGGAGGAGGUGAGGGACGCCAAUGGCCGCACGGCCCUGCACUUUGCAGCCAGCACGGGGCAUGUCGACGCGUGCAGGUAUGUGGCUGGGUUAAGGAGGUACAUGGUGGAUGAAAUAGGCGUGCCAGUGGACGUGAAGGAUGGCGAGGGGGAGUCAGGGGAGCUGAGUGCAUGCGUGUGUUUUGUUUCUUUCACUCUGAGUAUGUACAUGGUGGAGGAGAUAGGCGUGCCGGUGGAUGUGAAGGAUGACGAGGGGGAGACGCCACUCAUGCUGGCAGCGAGGGACGACCACUCAGAGGCUGCCACGUGGCUGGUUGAGCACGGGGCGGCUGUUGCCACGUCAGCGGAGAAGUCGGGCGCGCAGGCGAUACAUCACGCAGCGGGGCAUGGUUCGGUGAAGAUUCUCGAACUCCUAUUGGACCACGGCGCCGACCCUAACGCUCAGAGCGACGCCGGGCCUCCGCUGCUGUGGGCGUGCGGACACGGCAAGGUGGCUGCAGCGGGUGUGCUUCUAACGAGGGGAGCCAAUCCAGACACGCCCAGCGAGGAUGGCGUGAACUCGCUGCUCACCGCCACUGCUGCCGGGGAGACAGAGAUUGUGAAACUGCUGCUCAAGCACGGGGCUCAGCCCAACCCUGGCGGCCCCCCUCUCCCCACCAACGCUGCUGCUGCUGCCGCCGCUGCCAAUGGAACCACUGCUGCCCCGUCCUCCCCUCUCCCCUGUGUCACCUCCACCACGCCUCUCAUUGUCGCUGCCGACGCGGGCAACACACCCGCCGUCUCCGCUCUCCUUGCUGCCGGUGCUGAUGCAGACAGGCGGGACGAGGAUGGCAUGACGGCACUAGACGCUGCUGCUGCUGCGGGGAAUAAAGAGGUUGUCGGGUUGCUGCUGCCGGUGACUCAGCGUCCCGCUGACGUGGCGGAAGUCGAUUGGACGGUCGAUGGAGUGAUGAAACGGGCGGCGGGAGCAGGAGGAGCAGGAGGGGGAGGAGCAGGAGGGGGAGGAGCAGGAGGAGGGAAGAAGGGAGAGGCAUCUGCAGGAGGAGGAGGGGGAGCGGGGGGGGUAGGGGCACCACCCCUUGGUUCUGCUCUGUCUUCGGAUGUGGCUGCAGCAGUGGCCGAGGCCAAGGCAAGGGGAGACGCAGCGUUCAGAUCACAGCAGGACGUGGCUGCAGCAGUGGCAGAGGCGAAGGCGAGAGCUGAUGCUCCGUUCAGAUCACAGCAGUUCCAAGAGGCUGAUGAUGCAUACACUCAGGCACUGGAUUUGAGUCGACUCAAAAGAAAACUCCCUUUGUCCCUCCCUCCACCCCUCUCCACCCCUCCACCACCCCCCAUGCCCCAUCACCAGGCACUGGAUUUGUACCCCAAGGCGGACUUACCAGCAACCCCAGCGGACGACAGGGUGAUGAGAGGCACUCUGCUGGCCAACUGCAGCAUCAUCUGCUGGCUGCGAGUGGGACAGGCGCCCCUCGCCCUGGCAGACAGACAGAUGAGCAAAAAACUCCCUCCACCCAUCUCCACCACCCCAAACCCCCCUCUCCAGGCACUGGAUAUGUACCCAGAGGCAGCAGAGCUCGCAGCAACACCAGCGGACGACAGGGCAUUGGAUCUGUACCCCAAGGCGGACCUGGCAGCAACGCCAGUGGAUGACAGGGUGAUGAAGGGCACCCUCCUGGCCAACCGCAGCAUCUGCUGGCUGCGAUUGGGACAGGCGCCCCUCGCCCUGGCAGACGGGCAGAUGAGUCGAUCUCUGCGGCCCGACUGGCCCAAGGCGUACUUCCGAGAAGGGACUGCCUUCAGAGCCAUGGAGCGUUACGAGGAUGCAGCGAAUGUGUUCUUCGAAGGGGUUCAAGUCGAUCCGAAUAACAUGGAUCUCACGGCAGCAUUUCAGUAA